UCGGCCGCUCUUGUUGAAAUUUCUUGCUGUGUGAGUUAGGCAGUUCGUUACGCUCAUUGCCAACUGACAAGUGCAAUUGGAGGUUUGAAUAGCUCAGGUGUACACUGUACUCAGGUGCCUAUGUAGUCUAGAUGUGCGGUCGUCGCGUGCGGCGAGUGUUAUUAGAGUGGAUUUUUUUUCAGUGCGAUGGAUGACGAUACAAGGCAGGUGCACCGCCUGGUCUCUGGCGCGUCGCUGUGUCCGUCGUAUGUGCGUUUUGUGAACAAGACAAACUACCACGUGGAUGUCAUCUGGCUCAACUAUGAAGGCCUGCGCAUCAAGUACAAGAGCCUCGGUCCUAAUCAGGCGCUCGAUGUGGACACCUUUGUGAGCCAUCCAUGGAUCUUUCGUGACACGGUGACACAUGAUCGUAGGGUUGUUCAUCAAAAGGAGGUGUUUCACCCUCCUGGGCCGUCAGGCCUGGGUCCCGAUGGUCAACCCCAGUACACCCGCAAGCUGGUUCGCAUCACCCUGCCUGUCUACUCACUGAAGGAAAACUGUUUCCAAGAGAUCCGGCGCUGCAUUGUGUCGCCCGAGGCCAUCCGCCAAACAGGCAUUCCACAGUCGCUGCAGAUGGAAUACCUCAUCUUUCUACAGCAGCACUGAAGAGGAAGCGACGACACAGGCGCCAUGUGCUGCAGUGGACCACCAGCUGCGAGUGUGCAUUUCCAACUGUGGACCUACACUACCGAUGUGCAGCCAGUGUGCACGUCAUGUUCAGUGGCAAAUACAAGUAGGGGCUGAAAAUACGCACACUUUAGCAGAUAUGAAGGUUUUUUGUUACAAGAAAAUUGGUCAACUCACAGCGGGGGUUAGCUCACUGCUUUCUCUACCUCCCCUCAGCAGGCUUGUCUUCAAGUUAGCUUAUCUGCAUGCUGGGUUUUGAAGGGUUCAGUUGGUCAACGAGUGUCACUUGUGUGAAAAGUGUUUACUUUUGAAACUAGAUUCUCUCAGGUUUUAAUGACUUCAUGGUAAAUGUGCGUGUAAGUGGCCAUGUGAAUGUGAAUGCACAUGCACUUUCUGCCUGCAGUGUGUACACAUUUAGUGUGAAUGAAAGACAAAGUGAGGGGUGUAAACCAGAAAAUAGCAGCACGGGUUAGAGAAGGACAAGCUACUGUCAAAUUGUUGGCCUAUUCUUUCCUGACAAAAAGAGGAGUUCUGGGCAUAAAACAACUGCCGGCAGUGUUGGCGUAGUAUAAGUGGCCAUUGACCAACUUCUUGUUUCCAGAUUUUAUAUAUAUAUAUAAUCAGGAAACUAGUUGGUCAAUGGCCACUUAUGCAGGGCGUGUCAGCGAGCACUUUCAAAAAUUUUUGAAGGUUGCCUGUGGCAGAUAGCUCAAUUCUAGUUGAUGAGCUGGCCUACUCGAAACAGCGGACAAAUUGACUGAUUAACAAUAAUUCACUAAUUAACUUUUUGCUAAUUAUCUUAUGACCCAUAUUGCAAUUUACAAAUUCUAGCAGUGUACUUCGCAAGGUGGAUCCACUUGGAAUGAAUUCUCAGGACGAGACCAGUUUCGAGAUGUAAAUUCCCGAACUUUGCGGAAAAAUGCAUUAGUGUUCCAGUUACUUGUGUGCUUCAGUGCAUAAAACGACGUGUUGUUAACAAAUUAACUGGAACGUCAAUGCAUUUAUCCACAAAGUUCGGGAAUUUAUAUCUCGAAACUGGUGUCAUCUUGAAAAUUUGUUCCAAGUGGAUCCGCCUUGCGAAGUACACUGCUACAAUUUGUAAAUUGCAAUAUGGGCCAUAAUGUAAUUAAUUAAAGGUUUAAUUAGUAAAUUUUUAAUAAUUAGUUUGCAUCUUAAUUUUUUGUGCAAGUAUUGUCCACCGCUUCGAGCAGAGCAGCUCAUGAACUAGAAUUGUGAUACCUGCCACAGGCAACCUGUAAAGAUUUUUGAAAGUGUUUGCUGAAACACCCUGUGUAUGUACACAUAUAUAAAAACUUGUGGAGCACUGGUAUUUUCUUUUAUGUAAGCCUUGUCUUGCAGUAAGCCGGCUGUUGCUAUAAAUCGUAGCAUGUCAUUAAGUAGAGCUGCAAAGGCACAAACAUGGCAGGGCAAACACAUGAAGUGCUAUGUGCAGCCAAGCUGAUUUAGUUUUCUAAUCAUGAGUUGUAUUUAAAGACUGAUUGAGUGGUUGGGUGAUGGAGUGAUGCUUAAUGUCUCUCAGCAACUCGUCGACUAUGCAGGAGUGUCUUAAUGGGGGGAAGCUCUUUAUUACUUUUGGCCAUUUGGGGGUUCCUUCAUGCCCACACAAAGCGUGGUGUGCGAGUGCUUUUGCAUUCUUACCCCUACUCGAAUGCAUCUGUGGUGGCCGCGAAUUGGGAACCCUUGGCGUUGAUCCCAGCAACAGAAUUCUAUACCCACCGAGCCAUCAUGACGUGUAGAGGAAAGGAGCAAGGACAUGCAAGCAGGCUAGUCAGUAUUCCAUGGGGCACACUGUUGCAUAACUUGACAAACAUGUGACAAAUACAAGCACUAACUUGCAGUGUAACUUUACUUAGUUUACAUCCGCAUGCAUAUAAUGGCACGGUUUCCCACAGUAAAAAAGUGUUUGCAUUUUUUUAACCCAUCUUUUGUUACUUGAUUUGAUCUUAAUGCAUAAUAAUGACAGUGUCUCCCUCAAUAAAAUCACUUCGAAGAUAGUGCCA